CUCCUCUCCACGUCAGGCCAAUGACACUGCUGCCCCCAAACUUUCCGCCAGCAGGAGCUAUAAGAACCUCCAAGUCUUCAACUUUCUCCCAAUCCCAGACACCUCGAAGGGGCUCCAAGGAGGGAUCGGGAGGGAUUUUUUUUUUGGUUGGCCUUUUUAUUUUUUUGCUCUUGGAUCCUGAUGCCAUCCCCCCUCCCCCCAAAGUGAGGUCCUCCCUCCUUCCUUCCCUCCUCCUUCUCCUCGCAGGCCAGCGAAGCAGCCGAUCAAGGGGGAGCUGGCGGGUUAGGUGCCCCCCUCUUCUCCCUGCCCUCCCCCCCCUCCCGGCCCGCUUCUCGCGUCUCCCCCCAGAGAUGAUGCAGCAGGACGAGUCAAACUCUCCAGUCUCCCCCGCCGACGACAGCUUGAGCAACAGCGAAGAGGAGCCGGACCGGCAGCAGCUGCCCAACAACAAGAGAGGGGGGCGCAAGCGCCGCUCCAGCCGCCGCAGCGCCGGCGGCGCCGUCGGGGCCGCGGACGAGCCCUGCAGCCCGGCCCAAGGCAAGCGGGGCAAGAAGUGCGGGGCGGGCGGGGGCGGCGGGGGCGGCGGCAGCAGCAGCGGCGGCGGCAGCCCCCAGUCCUACGAGGAGCUGCAGACCCAGCGGGUCAUGGCCAACGUGCGGGAGCGGCAGCGCACGCAGUCGCUGAACGAAGCCUUCGCCGCCCUGAGGAAGAUCAUCCCCACGCUGCCCUCGGACAAGCUGAGCAAGAUCCAGACCCUCAAGCUGGCGGCCAGGUACAUCGACUUCCUCUACCAGGUCUUACAGAGCGACGAGCUGGACUCCAAGAUGGCAAGCUGCAGCUAUGUGGCCCACGAGCGGCUCAGCUACGCCUUCUCGGUGUGGAGAAUGGAGGGCGCCUGGUCCAUGUCCGCAUCCCACUAGCAGGCGGCGUCCCCCACCCGCAUCCCCUCGGCAGGAGCCCUAGAUGACAUUGUUCCCACAGAAGGAGAGAAUGGACAAUCUAGAGACUCUGAAGUUGGAUACGAUUUUUUUUUUAAUCUUUUCUAACAAAAAAUGUGCCAAGGAUUUCUUGGAAAUUAGAAGAGUAAAAUCCAAAUUCGAAGCAGGGCGUGGGGAGCACUUAAGGAAAGAGAAAGAGAGAAGGGCUUUGGACAGUGACUACCCUCUGGGCGUCGGUACAAUCCACACAUCUCUGCAUUCUGAUAGAAGUCUGAAUCGUUCGAUUUUUUUUUUUAAUUUUGACGAAGAAUGUUGGAAUCGAACUUUUUUUUGUUUGCCCUUUUUUUUUUGCAUGCAUGCAUUCCCAAGAGGUCGUGCUUAUGAGCCACUGAUGAAAGGAAAUACAUUAUUGUGGACUUUCUUCAUUCUUGAAUGAAACCAAGCAGCCAACCAAAAAUAUCCCUGUAGAGAUGAAAACCUUUUUAUUUUUUUUUUUUUAAUUUUUAGGGGGAAAUAAGCUGGGCUCAAACUGUUAUAUACCCGGUUCCUAACUUUUUUAUUAUUAAUAUUUUUCCUCUGAGAAAAAAAUAAACAUUUUAUUUAUUUAUUGAUGACCCAUGUUAAAAUGCAAAUAGAUCCGGUGUCUAAAUGCAUUCCUAUUUUUAUGAUUGUUUUGUAAAUAUCAUUGUAUAUUAUUUUUCUGCAAUAAAUAAAUAUGAUUGAAAUUUUAAUAACCUUAAAGUUUGGUCUCUCUGAGAACUCAGGGUUAGAGCUGUAGAUAAAUA